AAAAGUUUGCUUAAUAAAUGUAAUUCGUUUUGAAUUCUAGACGGAUAUUUUCUUCACACAUCAUGAUUUUGUAGCCUUUACUUGUGAGAGGGAAUAAAACGUUACUCACACUGGCAUAAUUUUCAGAGGACUGUUUUUACUGAUACGCAGGAAGAAAAGUUGAAAGAAAAGUUUUGUGUAGCGCGACAGCUACGUUUGUGUUUAGCUACCUAUAUUUCAUCAAACAUAUGAAUUCAUUGUAACGUAAGGAGUUCAAUGAAUUAGUUUAUUGAAUGAAUAUUAGUUUGUUGUAAAUGUUGUCAAUCGUUUUGUGUCAUUAACUUACUGAACGUAACUAGAGUUCAAGGCCCAGCCAGUAACGCUAACGCUAGCUGCUGCGGUUGCGACAGGAGCAGAUAGCUAGCUAGCUACCAGUCAUGGCAGACUCGAGCAACAACCACCCGAAGACCCUCAAUUUUAAUGUGGGGGUACUUGGGCAUGUCGACAGCGGGAAAACGUCGCUUGCCAGGGCGCUCAGCAGCACAGCGUCCACGGCUGCCUUUGACAAGAACCCCCAGUCCCGAGAGAGAGGCAUCACACUGGAUCUCGGCUUCUCCUCCUUCAACGUGGACCUCCCCGAGCAGCUGCGGGAGGACCCCGGGGGCCACGGCUACGACAACCUGCAGUUCACGCUGGUGGACUGUCCUGGACACGCGUCCCUCAUUCGCACCAUUAUUGGGGGGGCUCAAAUCAUAGACUUGAUGAUGCUGGUGGUAGACGUGGUGAAGGGGAUCCAGACCCAGACAGCAGAGUGUCUGCUGAUAGGAGAGCUGACCUGCCCCCGCAUGGUGGUCAUUCUCAACAAGACUGACCUGCUGCCGCCCAACAAGAGACAGACCGCCAUCGACAAGAUGACCAAGAGACUGCACAAGACACUGGAGAACACCAGAUUUAAAGACUGUCCUGUGAUUGCCUUGUCAGCAAAGCCUGGUGGUCCUGAGGCCCCAGAAACAGACGAGCCCCAUGGAGUGCCUGAGUUAAUAGAGUUGUUGAAGAGCCAGACGUACCUCCCUCACAGAGAUCCGGGGGGAGCUCUGCUGAUGGCUGUGGACCACUGCUUCUCCAUCCGUGGUCAGGGCACAGUCAUGACUGGAACCAUCCUACAGGGGGCGCUGGCUGUCAACGACACUGUGGAGAUCCCUGCGCUCAAGGUGACCAAGAAAGUGAAGUCAGUUCAGAUGUUCCGGCGGCCGGUGGCCGGGGCCAUGCAGGGUGACCGGGUGGGCGUGUGUGUGACCCAGUUUGACCCUAAACUCCUAGAACGGGGGGUGGUGUGUACCCCUGGUUCCCUACACACCCUCCACGCAGCCCUCAUCUCUGUCAGAAAGAUUGGCUACUUCAAGGGUUCCCUGGCCACCCGCGCCAAGUUCCACAUCACCGUGGGACAUGAGACUGUCAUGGCCAGGGUCACCUUCUUCGGUCUGCCCCCUGGAGAGACCCACCAGACCUCCACCACGGAACCCCAGCUACCCACCUCAGACCCCCACGCCUCUGAGCCAGACCUUAGACCCCUGGACACACCCUUCUCUUUUGACCGGGAGUACUUCCACCAGGAUGAGUAUGUGAUUGGCCAACGGGAGGCCGGCGGGGCGGGACAAGACCCGGAGCAGUGGGCGCUGCUGGAGUUUGAGCGUCCGGUUACAUGUCCCACUCUCUGCCUGGUGAUUGGCUCCAAGCUGGACACAGACAUUCACGCCAACGCGUGCCGACUGGCGUUCCAGGGGCGUCUGCUGGAGGGUUUUGAGGAGAAGAGCUACUCUGAGACUACACUACCCAGACUACGUAUCUACAAGACCAAACACAAGGAGGGACAGGUGGAGAGGGUGACAGACGACUACACUGUGAUUGGCCGAAAUCUCUUCAAGAAGGAGACCAACCUGCAGUUGUUUGUGGGGUUGAAGGUCACGCUGUCGACCGGCGAGGCGGGGGUCAUCGAGGGCGGCUUCGGACAGAGCGGGAAGUUUAAGAUCCGGGUGCCAGAGGGUCUCAGUCUAGAGACUAAGCAGCUCCUCUCCUCCUCUGCCAAGAAGAGAGUUAAGGGUGGGGCUAAGAGGGAACCAGCCAAAGAGGAUGAUGCCAAGACAGACUCUCAGCCAAUCUGCAUCAACCUCCGAUUCAAGAGAUACGUCUUUGACCCCCACAAGAAGUUGGUUCAGAUCUAACUUCUGCAGCAGCUAUAGGAUGAGACCUGUGAUGUAGUGUAAAAAAAAAAAUGGUGCGUAAAAGCUGAUCUCUGUUCAUGGGGAAAGUAUUGCUCACUAUAUUUUCAAUGCAUUUUUCUGCGAUCAUCGCAGCGGUCUAAGGCACUGCAUCUCAGUGCAAGAAGUGUCACUACAGUCCCUGGUUCGAUUACAGGCUGUAUCACAUCCGGACGUGAUUGGGAGUC